AGACCAUAUUUGCGUCAAUUAUUUACGACAUCACAAAACAAUGACACUACAUUUUAGGAGGUAGAUUCAAGAUCUUAUUCGACAUAACGUAUACGUCGCCUAUUUUUACAAAGCAUCUAGAACUACCGGACGAUGAUGUCGCCAUUACGAUGGGGAAUGUGCACAGCUGGUCUGAUCUCGACUGACUUCGUUUCCAGUUUACAAGGCCAUUCCGACAACCAUCAGGUGGUCGCCAUCGCGACCCGGACGUUGGAAAGAUCGCAGAAGUUUGCGACCAAGUUCAAGAUUCCCACCGCGUAUGGUAGCUAUGAAGAACUUGCUCAAGAUGAAAAUGUAGACGUAGUCUACAUUGGAGCCGUUAACACCGAACACGUCAGACUGAGCAAGUUGUAUCUCAACCACAGGAAAAACGUUUUAUGCGAAAAGCCGCUGGCGCUCACUCUAAGGGAUGCUCGGGAUGUUCUGAAGACUGCGAAGGAAAAUGAUGUGUUCUUCAUGGAAGCUGUUUGGAGUCGGUUCUUUCCAGUCUCCGCUAAGAUCCGGGAACUCGUCUCAUCGGGGCAACUCGGUGACGUCAAAUCAAUAUUUGUCAAUUUUGGACUUGACUUAAACCAUGUCGAGAGGUUAAAGAAGAAAGAGUUGGGAGGUGGCGCCCUUUACGACAUGGGAAUAUAUCCUAUCCAACUUACGACAAUGGUCUUCGGAAGAGCACCGUCAUCGAUGACCACGCAGGGAUUCCUCAAUGAUGACGGUGUUGAUGAAUCUUAUACAACUGUGAUGAAGUUCCCUAAGAACGCCAUAGCAACGCUCUCGAGUAGUUUCAAGGUCCAAUAUCCAAAUGACGCGGUCAUCAUUGGCACAAAAGGACGUUUAAGGAUACCUGAGCAUGUUUGGGCACCAACUGACUUGAUAUGGACGUCACCCAGCGGGGAGGUCAUCGAAAGGUUUCACUUCCCCUUACCCAAGCCUACUGAGUCAGGAAUAGCCUUUGAUGAUCUACCAUCCGGGCUGCUAUAUGAGGCAGAUGCUGUCAAGCAGGCGAUUCAAGAAGGUAAGAAGGAGCACGCCCUCAUGGGUUGGAAGGAGAGCGAACUGAUAGCCACUGUGAUGGAGAAAGCUCGCCGAGAUUUGGGCGUGGUUUGGAUUCAUGAAGGCCAAUCACCGAUUGUCAUUCUUGCUUGAAGUUACUGUCGAAAUUACGAUUUCACUAUCUAUAUCAUGACUGUAUAUUGCGUAUAUUUCAUGAAAUAAGCACGAACAUGGACGUUCAGCAUCCGCUCUAAAUGGAUCAUUUAUAAUUAUACUUGUUUAUUUAGCGCUUAACACUUACUUUAUCAGAAGUCUCUAAGCGCUUUACAUUAGGGCAGUAUUAUUACACUAGCUUUAGCAGAGCAGCUGUUAUACGCAGUGCGUUUCAAGGAAUAAAUUCCCACCAGGUACCCAUUCACCUCACCUGGGUUGAGGAUAACACAUAUGUGGAUACAUUUCUUGCUGAAGGAAAACAUGCCAUGGAUUGGAAUUGAACUCACGUCCUUCAGAUUGCAAGACGAGAGUCAUGACUACCAGAACACGACGCCCCCACUAUGGACUUUGUGUAUAAAGGGGCGGGAGUAUUUCACUCUUAAAAUGUUGGGCAACGUACUGUCCACACAACAAAUGGUUUAAAAAUGUAUCCAACUCUGGGUAGUUUUCAACCAAUACUGUGUAUAUAGUUUCACCCAAAGCACACAUUAUUGGUUUAAAACUACCCAGAAUUUGAUAAAGUUUUAUCCAAUUGUUGUGUGGACAGUGUGUUGCCCAACAUUUUUAAGAGUGUAUUAUUUUCUAUUUCCAUGGUAUUAUUCUGAAAAAUAUCGUUGGUUCGAUCGAGAGAGCGAGAUAGCACAACCCUCGUCUAUUGUGUCUUAUCACACAAGUUUUAAGUGAAGAGACUAACGUCCUGAUCAUCCAUUUGAAGAAAAAAAAUCACUUAAGAUAUUAAGGGCGACCAAUGAUGCCCUACUUUGAGUGAUCUGAAAUAGACAUUAAAUACUUUGAUAUAUAAUAAUUU